AUGUCAGACAAGGGCGUCCCGGACCUGUCAUCCAAACUCAACGCGCCCAAGAAAGUAUCCGUCUUCGAAAAACAGCGACAAGAAGCCGAAGCCAAACGCAUACGAGAAGAAGCCGAGAACAGAGCUGCCCUACGAGAGUUUGAGGAUUCGUUCGCCGACGAGGAUGAAGACGACUUUGUCGCACAAGUAGCCGCUGGUCGUAGCGCAUACGGUGGCUCAAGAGUCGCAGAUGNNGAGGAGGCUAUACCAGGAGCUCCCAUGAGGAGCAGCGGACCAGGCACUCUCGGCCCACCACCAGGACCUGCCCCGCUAUCCUUGAAGCGCAAGAGGGAGCUAGAACAAGAGCGGGAAAGAGAAAGGAGACAACGAGACAGCAGGGCGAGUCCAGAGACGGUGGUCAAGCGUCCCACCAUGCUGUUGUCAUCACUACCGCGCAACACGACCGAAGCGACGAUACGCAGCUGCCUACCCAAGAACCUGAAACUCGACGACAUGGCCUUUGCUCCCUCGUCCACCGGCCGCUCCUUGACUGCUGUCGUUGCCCUCACGCCUGACACAGCCUCCAGCGACAUCGACAGCGCCGUCAACAAUCUCCAGCAGAGAUACCUGGGCUUCGGCUGCUACCUCAACAUCUCCAAACACAUCACCAUCUCUUCGUCCGUCAAUUCCGUCCUCCAUACUGCCACCCCGGCCAUCCCAAUACAACCCUUUGGCGCCAAACAGAUGCCUCGCGACCCUCCUCCCUCACACGGCUUCCGCAAUGCCCCACCGCCAGAGUCUCUCCCACCACAACUACGCCAUCAAGGUCCUGCUCCUCUGGUCGUCAAUGUGACGCCGCCAUCGGAUCUCAAGCAGCUCGCCAUCAUCAACAAGACUGUCGAGAAAAUCAUCACAUACGGUCCCGAGUGGGAGUGUCUGCUCAUGGCUCAGCCAGACGUCCAGCAUGGAGAACACUGGGCUUGGUUAUUCGACAACACUAGUCAAGGUCAUGUCUGGUACCGCUGGCUAGUCUAUCAGUACUAUGCCUCUCAACCACCUGCGAAGACUGGUCAAGACUCACAUCAAUGGUCUAUGAUGGACGAGCUUGCUCGCAUGAAUAACCAUAUUCGUCCGUUCGAUGACGGUCCCUUCUGGAUACCUCCACCAGAGAAACCCAAAUACGAACACGCCCAGAAUCUGGCUGAUCUUAUGUCGGAUUCUGGUUAUGUUUCUUCAGACCUCGACACAGAUGACGAAGACGAUCACAUUGUCCAAAAUCAAGGUGUCGCUCCCGAGGAUCUGAACAUUUCACGAUCGCGCUACCUGAACCCUUACCGUAAGGCCAAGCUGACCUUCUUCCUUAACCACCUGCCGGAUAGCACUGGAUAUCUAUGUGAAGGAGAUGUGCAGGCUGUCACCGAUUUGGUUAUCAAAUUCUCUGGUCAAGGUGCCGAAGAAGUCGUCGACAUGCUUGUUUCCAACCUUGAGAACCCUUUCCGUUUCUCUGUCAACUACAAGAUCGACCAGCCUAAAGCUGAGAACGAAGAUGGAGAGAACGACGAUGACGAUAUCUACGAUCCCGAGGUCGAUGGACCCAGAGCUUCCUUCGGCAUGCUGGGUGGUAAUGAAGACGUAGAUGUUGAAGAGCCUGUACCGAAGGACACAUCUGCAAUGCAAGUCGACCAGGAUAACGACACCAAGCAAGAACCUUCAUCCGGAAAAGACAUCUCCGGUGCGCAGCUGGUCGGUCUGUAUGUCAUAAGCGACGCUCUGGCAGCUACAUCAGUUUCUGGUGUACGUGACGCAUGGAAGUAUCGAUCAUUAUUCGAAUCAGCUCUCACAAGUCGACAAGUCUUCGAGAAGCUGGGUCGCAUGCCCAAACAAUAUGGAUGGGGCCGUGUGCGUGGUGAGCAAUGGAAGAGCCGCAUCACAGUGGUUCUGGACUGCUGGGAGCGUGAAAGCAUUUUCGCGCCAGAAAGUCACAGGAGAUUCAAAGAAGUGUUCUUGACUCCACCGUUGACGGAUGCAGAGCAGAAGAGCAAAGAUGAGCAAGAGAAGCAAGAUAGAGAAGAGGAGCUGAAGAAGCGCUGGAAAAAUGGCGACGUCGAGAGUGCUGGUGCUACGCCAGAAGUUGUGGCUCAGAAAACAAUGCCACAACCAAUGCAAGCUACACAGGUCCAAGAGGCGGUUAAGCGCCAGCCGUCACGACCCUCAGCGGCAGAUCUCAUCCUCGCUACUGCAGAUGGUGAGGCACCACCACCGAAACCAGCGCCCAAGCUGUCGAACUUCUCCAUGUCGCUCAAUGCAGCGCCUACUGCUUCACCACCUGUCGAAGACACAAGGAAAGGUUCGCCUGCGAUGGGCUUUUCGCUCGGUGGAAGCAAUGCAUCUUCGAGUAAGUUCUCGUUGGGUGCGAAGCCUUCAAGCGAGCCUGUGAAGGAGAAGAAGAGAGAGAGCUUGGCCGUAUUCGACGACUCGGACUCAGAAUAG